AUGGCGCCCGCUCACGUGCCUGGUGAACAACUCCCGCUGCAGGGACAGAACAUGUACACGAACUCGCCCUACCAAAGUAUCUACUCUGUUGACCAGUACGACGCGCCAUCGUGGAACAGUCAGCUACAACAUGCCGCCCUGGUGCCCGAUACCCCCCAGUCGCAGACUUGGCACCACAACACCUACCCGACCCAACCGUACAGCCAAAUAAGUUCGCCGUAUGUGAAUCAAGGCCAGUCCAGCCGGACCGCAUCGCCGUAUCAAUAUGGCCAGUUUGGCAACCAUGCCGCUCCCACAAACUAUGGACAUGCCGCAAACGUCGACCCUUCUCUGAGCAAUGUAAUGCGCCAGCAACAACAGUCGCCAUAUCAACUCUCUGCGCAAAAUACACCGCCACAAGGUCGACCAAGCACCGUAACACCGCAAUCACUGCAACACGGUUUGCAGGCGCAACCGCAAGAUCCACGUGUGACAACCUCUUACCAAGUGCCCAAACCGACAGCAGAGACAUUCGUCCAGCGUCCUGUUCAUCAACCGUUUGUCCAGCCUAUAGCUGUUCCCGAAUACGAGAUUCCGAAGGGCAAGACAUCUGGCUCAUUUUACGUUUUUGAUCAGGCUGCGUUGAUAAAGGCUACGAAGUCAGUUGCUCUGAAUAAAUUCGUGACUUUGGGUACUGAGCCCUUUCACCUCCCAACCAAUAGAACUGCUCUCCCAAUAUAUACGCCCCGCCAGUCGGUGAAAGACCUCAAGAAAGCGGGGGCCGACAGCAAGAAGCUGGCCAAGAAAGCUCCGACCAGACAGCUGUCCGCUGGUAGAGUACUCAAAAGGGAAGUCAGUGAUAGCGAAAGCUAUGACGACUCGUCCGACGAUGACAGUGAUUAUUCGGAUGAAGAGGAAGAGCCUUCACCUUUACCGCCAACGAAACCAGAAGAGCCACAGGGAGCAUUUCGCUAUGACAUCAUCAAAGCAUCCUGGUAUCCUCACCGAUCACAGCCAAGCUCGGAGAAGAUUAAGACGAGCUUGAAGCAGUUGUGGGAGAUUUUCAAUACCAUCCAGAGCCGUUGGCGGUCUGAUAGCAAAACGUUGAAGGAGGCUGAAGAUCAGAAGAAGACGGGGGAACUCCCCGUGCUCAAGCGUCGUGUGGCUGAACAGCGUGAUUUGCUGCAAUCUGCCUUGAAGUCGUCGCUAGAGCUCACUCACCCCGAUGUCCUGUACCAUCUCGGUCAGGUCAAGGGCUUUCUUUAUCUCUGUUAUCAGUUCCUGGCCAAUCGGGUCAAGGUGUUAGAUUACGACGGGGAUUUACCAUCUGCUAUCCUCGAGAUGUUAUCCCGGUGUUCAGGCACUACAACUACUGAAAUGCUUGAAGAGACUAAAGUGUCUAAAGCACUCAACGUCCUCAAAAAGAAAGUGAAUGAUAGACACAAAACACUCAUUCAGAAGAUUGAGGAUGGUGCUGCCGCUGGCUCCAAGAAGGCCAAGGUAGGCUCGCCGCCUGAGAUGGACGUGACCGCAGAGGCGAAACCUGUCAAGCGACCUGCAACACAACCCGCGGGUCGCACGCCCAGCGAGGGUCCUUUGAAAAAGUUGAAACCUACAGAAACCGCGACAAACGGCGACAAGAAGCCUGCCACGGCUACGGGUAUCUCAAAAAUCGUUCCGGCCACACAACAGAAACGAUUCGGCGAGAAACCCGCGCCGGCCCCCGUCCGAACUCAAGGCAUCAAGAUUACCAACAAACCAUCUUCACUGUUCGCCUCGCUCAAUGCGGCUGGCAAGAAGCCCACUGGCGCUGCUGCUUCUGCAUCCACUACAAAGCCCGCUGUUAAGUCUUCAGUAUCCGCUCCUACAGCUAAAAAAACUGUUGCAGCAUCUGCUGCGAAGCCCGCAUUCUCUUUCAAGGACACGAUGGCAGAGUUGUUGAAGCCCAAAGAAGAGAAGUCAGCAGCACCAUCCAAGACAGAAAAGCAGCUACCGCCGGAGACGCCGGAGGAAAAGGCUAAACGCUUGCGCAAGGAAUCACGACGUCACUUACGGGUAAAAUUCCGUCCAGGUGAUGCACUAGUCAGCAUCAAAUAUUUCCAUCAUGACCCAGAAGAAGAGACUGGCCACGAUGAGAACUUUGUCCGGGAUGCUGGUGAUAUCGGUGGGGAAGGUCGCAUGUUCAAGCAACACAAAGAGAUGGAUGACGAAGAUGACGAGGAAGAGAAGGAGAUGGAAUACCGCCCGUGGGAGGGACCUUCUUUAGUCGACUUCAGCGUUGUCCACGAAGAGGAACGUAAAAGAAACUACGCGCCGUACGGAGGCGGUGAACUACAACCCACCUGCCCAGAGCGGGAUGCAAAUAUUGCACAUGAGAAAACAACACUGGAGAUCUUCUACUCUCGACCGGCCGACAUUCCGUCGUCACCACGCGAGCCACUGAUUCAACAGAUGCAAUCCUCCGACACGCCGGUCACCGCUUUCGGAUCACCGCCUGACUUGGUCAUGAAUAGGUUACCCGAGUCUGCGACAUCUGCGACCGCUGCGCCGCCAGUACCGCCCAUUGAUAUCAGCAACCUGACUAACAUCGUGCAACAAUUGACGGGUCAAUCGAAUUCGAGUCAGGCUGGCUACCCGCCGGUUCAGGCUCCUCCUGCUUCCGCCCCUCCCGCUGCGCCCGCCGCGCCCACUGCUACACCCGACAUUAGCAGUAUACUCAGCUUGCUCGGUCAGGGCCAGAACCAGAAUCCCAUGAUAGCCCCCAUGUCUGUCCCACCGGCAGCGCCAGCGGCCCCGCCUUCAAUGGACUUUGCACAAAUCCUCGCUAUGGCCCAGCAAUUUGCUCAGCCAGGGAAUGCGGCCUUUCCACCGCCUCCAGCGGGUCUUCCAAAUUGGCCCGGGUAUCCUCACAUCCCUCAACAGCAGCAACCAGACAUGGCUUCUAUGUACACUACUCAGGAUACUCAACAACAUGGUCAGCAUGGUAGUGGAAGCGGCAAAAAGGCAGCGCCCCGACGACGGUGCUGA